GAGAUAGAGAUAAAACUUAAAGUACCUGCUGAUCGCGACGAAGGAAAUGUGUCUAGAUCAGAAGCACCGACGAAAAUAAGAGAUAAGGGUUGUAGAGACUCAAGAGAAAGAGACUACGACGCCGUGAAUUGUCCGAGAAAGGACGAUGUCCCCCAAGAAUCAUCGGAGGUAAACAAAGCGCAAUUCUGUGAGGAUGAAGGAAAGCCGGAAGACCUAGGUGCCAUAGACAACGAAGAGCGCCGUGACAAAGAACUAUACGACCUGCAUAGAGAAGAAAGGACCCUACGCAAGUAUCCUAAUAAGGAUGUGCCAAUCAGAACCUCGAAUGAACUAUCGAGACCUAUCUGUGACAAAAUCUUGACGGUUGCCACUGUCGAGAUCCCGAGGAAGAAAGGUGACAGAAUGUCAGGAACCACAGACGAAACCCAGGAUUUCACCUAUAACAAAGCUCCGACGGGCACCGAUGACAUGAGACUAAACAGAGAGGACAAUGAAAGGAUGACAAAACAAACGAACGUAACACUAGAACUCACCGACGAGACACUAACUGCACGGAAGGACACGAGAAAAUACCCAGGAGGAACGACAGAGAAAUAUUGUGGUGAUGACAAAUUCGUGGAAAAUCAAGAUGGUAAGGGAAAUGAUGACGGGAACAGGAUAUUGAGCCAACCAGAAGAAACUGAGGAAUUAGUUGCGCAGGAUCUCAAGGAAAAUCGAAAGGAAAUGAGGGACCAACCUGAAGGUAUGUCUUCACACGACAGAGCAGAAGAUGAACUGGAAGAAGAGAAGAAGUCAAUAGCAAACCACGAACGAAACGAAGAACGUUUCGAAGAAGGAGAAGAGCGAACGAAAUACGAGCCGCGACAACGUGCCGAUAGGAGCGUCCAAGAUGGAAGCGAUGGAUGCUUGGAAGAGACCACAUUCAU